GUUGCCGCCAUCAUUGUAGCAGAAGCUUUGGACUUCCGAUGGCACCAACGGAGAUUAUCACCUCACCUCUGCCACGUAUCAUGGCACAGUGGUGUUGCCCAAUUUUAUCCCGAUAAAUGACGCCAAUUGCCAUUUGUUUCAGACCUUGGUGCGCCUACGGCAAAACCGGAGAGAGAUAGAGCAUGCGGGAAAACCAGAGAGAGUGCGCCUAUGGGAAAACUAGAGGGAGUGCGCUUGCGGGAAAACCAAAGAGAGUGUGUGUGCGCCUAUGGGAAAGCCAUAGAGAGAGAUUGAGAGAUUACCAAUAACAAAGCCACCAUUAGCGUGGAGAGCGACCCUAAUGUUGGACGAAGUGUAGUGAGUGAGAUAAGGGAGGUGGAAGUGUUCUGUGUAUGUAAUCGAUCGGUAACAAAGCCACCAUUUCCCAGAGUUCGUGUGGGCAGGAGAUCCGGAAACUUUACAUGUUUGAACGUCCGACGUGGGGUCUAUUUUCCCUCUCUCACAUCAUUUGAAAUCCUAAGCACGAAGCCUCACGCAGCAGAUGCCGCAGAAAAUGCCCCAAAGAAACUCCAGCAGCAGCAGAAACGCCGCGGCUCCCAGAAGAUCUCCAAGGUUUUUUCAUACAAAAGAUCCUCCGGACAACACGAAACUUCAUAAAUUGAAGUCGAAGAAGGAUCAGGUAUUUCGAACUCCAAUCUCUGUCGAAAAACCCCAAUCUGAUUCUCAUCCGAGUUCCAUAGGAAAUGUUACAAGUAAAUCGUCUGGUGGGUCGGAAAUAGCUGCGCCGUCGCUUCGUGGGUCGAAAAAACUGAAGGGAUCUGUCGAUGGGGUCGAGGGUUCUCGAUGUCUUAGACGAUCGCCAAGGUUUACUAGUUCAGUAAAUAUUCACGCAGACGUCAAGAAAAGGGGCGGUGAUGACAAUUCUCAUCCAUUGGUGCAGUCUGUUUUAACUGAUUUUCCAGGUAAAGAGGUUACUUUGGAUGUCAAACAGAAAGUAAAUUUUGAUAAAGUAGAAACAGAAUCCUCCGGACCAAUGGGUUUCACGAAGGUUGUAGGAAAAUCUGAGGUGGGUAUUGAUUGUUCAAAGCUAUCUGCAAAGAAGGGGAAGGGAGUAAGUAGUUCUGUAACUUUUGCAGUGAAGACCCCAGAGGGAGGGCGAGAGAAGAAGACGGUAGAUACGAAUAGAGUAAAUAAAGAGAUUGGGGUCAACAAGAAGGAGAGAUUUGAGGGGUUUCCAAGACGAUCGGCAAGGUUUAGUUCAGUGAAUGUUCUGGAAGAUGCCAACAAAAAAGGCAGCUAUAAAAAGGCUGGCCUAGUGCAGAGUGUUUUUACUGAUCCUCCGGCUAAAGAGGUUACGUUGGAGGUAAACCAGAAACAGAAUACGCAGAAAGAAGAAACAAAAUUUCGUAGAAGUAUUGUAGGAAAACCUGAGGUAGGCAUUGAUUCAUCCGUGGUAUUUACAUGGAAAGAGGGGAAAAGGAGGAACGGCAGUUCUGUAACUUCUCCAGCGAUGACUUCACUAGAAGAUGGAGGGAAGAAUAUAAGAGAUGCGAAUAGAGUAACGGAAGAGAGUAGAGCUGACAGGAAAAGAAAGCAUCAGGAAAGUUGUGGCCUUCAGGGCUGGACAAAAGAUCAAGAAGUGGCACUACAGAAAGCUUAUUUUGCCGCAAAGCCUUCACCUCAUUUCUGGAAGAAGGUUUCAAAACUGGUUCCUGGAAAGACUGCUCAGGAAUGUUUUGAUAAAGUCCACUCUGACCUUGUUACCCCACCUCAACCCCCACCUCGUUCAAGGACAAGCAGAAAUAGCUCAUCUCCCAUGGGCCAUUUCUCUCUUUCUGGAAGUAAACUUCUGGAACCCACUGAGCUCAGUGUUAAAAGGAGAAGGAAUAGCAAGCAGAAGAGAUACCAUGCACAGAAAACUGUGAGGCAUUUACUACAGAAGCAUUAUCUGAUGGACCAAGGCUGUGAAGCAGAUCUGUUCUCAGUUCUUGAAACCACCAUGGGUUCUUCUUGCCAAGCUUUAGAGCGGGAUGUAGUCUCCACCCCUGAAUGUAUACAGAAAAGUUCUGGUUUUCUCCAGAAGUGUCGCAGUAGAUCAUCAUCAGCCCAUAAGAAGUCGCUGCCAAGAUUAAGGAGUUCAUGUGAAACAGCCCUUGUUAGUCCACCGGUUCUAAAGCAAGUUAAGAAUCUGUUUUUGCACGAGAAGUACAUUGACCAGCUGCAUUGCAGGGAGGUUAGAAGAAUGGCUGCAUCUACUUCUGCUGCAAAAUGCAUUGGUCCUGAAAGUGAUAGAAAGGAUUGUCAUGUACAGAAAGUGGACAUGCUUAAAGCAGCAAGGAAUGCUCUUUCUUCUGAUGCAAGAGAUGUGAUUAAACAAUUUCAACAUCUGCAAGCCCAUGAUUUGAGCAAUUAUGAUGACUUUGAUGAAGAUGAGAAUGGGGAAGACAAUGAAGAUGAUGAUUAACCUUUAUAAUUUGUAUUGUUUCAUUGCAUAGAAAAUAUUGUGAGAGAGUGGCUCUGUAAUUGGGAGCACAAUGCCUCUGGUAUAAGCACCUAAUUUGUCACCUGUUGACCUUGUAUUCUUCCAUCAACUGGUUUCUAGUUUGUGAAUUCCAGUUCUGACUGCAAGUUAACAAGAAGCUUCUUUGUAGCUUUACUUAUGA